UUCAUACAAGACCGUAAGGUGUACAUCAUUCAAAAAACGAUUGGCAAACGAAUAAUGGAUUAAUGUUUUGGCAGCAUCAACAUCAGUUGCUAAAACGGGUAACGGGUAGUGUCAAGCCCAUGCAUGCAUUUGCUUGACACUAGAGGGCGAGCAUCCGGUGAAAAACGCAAAUAGUACACUGUAUGUACUGUACCCACUGUCAGCGGUCACUUUUAAAUCUGACUCGGAACGAAGAUGCAGCUCGAUCGUCAACUGCCGAAAUAUAUUGAUGUAGAAAGUGUAGAAAAUGUACAAGGUGAUCAAGAUAGUGAUCAAUUGUUUAUCACUGAAGAAGAAGAAGAAAUUGAAAUGGAAGAAGAGGAAACUAUUUAUGAGAGAGCACAGGAUAAUUCUGUUGAAACCAGGAUGAUAGAAGGAUCAUUUUCAGUUAUUGAAGACCCAAAUACAGAAAGAAUGGAUGAAGAAGAUGGUGAAAAAACAGAAGAAGAAGAAGAAAUGGAAAUGAACGACCAGUACAUCGAAUUGGCAGCAAACCUUCACAUAGCAAUAGACGGAAAAUGUUAUGUUUGUGAAGAAAUAGGUCUAGUAUACAGCAGCAUAUACUUAUGUUACGAGUGUGAGUCAAAAAUGGAAAAACUGGUUGAAAAGGGGACAACAGUCUUCUGCCAUGUUGGAUGUCCCAAAAAUUGUUCUUCCUGUCUUCUUUCUAUUGUUUUCCAAUACUUGAACGUGGACGAUAUUUCUACAUAUGAGAAAAUCGAUUACAAUUUGGAAUUAAUGAUAAAGUAUGUGGAUGGAGGAUCGGAAGACAAGUCUUUGGAAGAAGAAGGUGCCGAUGCUCACUUUGCCAAAUACUUGGAUAGGUGUUGGAAUCGAUAUGUUCAAUGGAUCUGGGAGCAGAAAGACAUCUUUCAACUGAACAUCGACCAAGUGAUCGUUCUUUUAAAAGCAAAUGGCAACAAAGGAAGGUACCUGACAGCAAUAGCCGAUCAGGUAGGCAAAGGGCCAGCCUUCAAAGUGGAUGGGGGAUACAUCAAUCCAAAUGACAUAAAAUCCUACAAGCACAGAUGCUUGCUCAUUACUAUCCUGAAAACAGCCACAUAUAUGUUCGAUUUAAAUUUUACAUUUUACCAUUUGUAUCUCCUAAAGUUGGUUUGCCUCUUCAAGUUAGACGAGACAGCAAGCAGAGCAUGUAUCGCUCAUCCAGAAGCAACGAUAUUAGCUGAAGAAUAUUCGAUCUUAUUAAAGAAAAUAUGCGAAGUAGAAAAGCAAGUGGUAACAGUCAAAGAAGUUAUGAGUUUGGUACAGUCUCUUGACAAGCAACUGACCAUCAGAGAUGAAAACAGUAAGACAGUGGAAAGACAUAUCGAGGCUUUAUUGGAGGAAAAUCAAGGAAAAAUCUGUUUUCAACCUCCACGCCCACUCGGAGACGAAGGUAUUCCGUAUCGCUUCAUAAACGAAGGCUUCGCUCAUUGUCUGUUGCAAACAAGAAAGCACCUCUUGAGUCACUUUACUAUACACGAUUCUCGAAGCUUGAUUCAAGCCAAUAUAAUCAAAGUGGUGCUGUUUAUUCGCGCAAUGAGUGAUAUUCCAGAAUCGUCGCCCUACGAUGACGAAAUCGCCUCAGAAUUAAAGAAUAUGAUUCAAAAUAUAAAAGACACUGCCUAUCAAAUGGGAUUACAUGAGGGAAACCCAUUAGUACCAACGCAAGUGGUGUUGUUGACGGAUCCAGGAUCAGGAGUCAAGAUGCGUGAUUGUUCGCAAAUGUAUUUGAGUAAAGUGUUCCUGUAUAAAUUGUCUAAAGUGACCAGCAUAGGCGUAGCUACUCUCAAAUGCCUUAUGCCAUCGAUCGAUUUGCAGGGUUAUCUCCAAAGCGAUAGACUGUGCUCACACUUUGUUACCUACGCCUCAUUCAUACAGAAGAUCCUUCAGGCCGAAGCAUACGUCACCCAAAUUGGGUCUGGAUAUUUAUUUGAUCGUCAACUUCUGACCGCCGACUGGCACUGAAUCUUUUUAAUAAUGGAAGAUACAAUGGUCGUGUAUUGUUAGUCAUUCUGUGGUCCUCAAAAACGAAAACUUAAUCAUGAUUUAACUUGGAUUUGUGAAAGGAAGACUUAAAUAAUCCCUAUUGUGUCAAGGACAGAAACUUCGACAUGUGAUAAAUUUACUUCUUCCUCAAAUCGAAUUUCCUUGUAAUGAUGUAACUUAUACUGUUAAUUGUUAUUACGUUCAGUAUACUGUAUUUUGUUAUUGAUAUUUGUUAAGCAAGUCUCAGCCUGUUUAAAUCUUAUUUUUGUAAUCUAAGGAAAUAAAUUUAAUGAUUUAUUGAGACUGAAUAAAAACAUAUUGUGAAAAGGUGUAAACCUGACUUUAAAUUUUAAAACACCCCUCUAAAAUUUUCUUAGAAUCAAAUUAUAUAGAAGGUUUUGAAAUUCCUGUUAACACAUACCUUUUCUUAAGGAAAGUUUUUAUUUGUUUGUAACCAGAAUUUUUAAAUACUGUGUUUUUUUUCU